AUGGUCCUGCCAGUGCGCCGCCGCCCGCCGCCGGUGAACGCCCUCCGCAAGGACUGCCACCGGCCCCUCUGCUUCGGCGCUCCCCGGCCGCUCCCGGCCCUCUGCCUAGUCGCCAGGGACGUGGUGCUCCUCGCCUGCUCCAGCCAGCCCCCCGCGCCGGCUCUGGCGGUCUGCUCCGACCUCUCCCGGUGGUGCUCGCCUGCUCGGGCGGACUCUGCCACCCAGGACUUCCCGUGA